AUGACUUCUGAGAAAGUUGAAACUGUUGUUGCUGGAAACUACUUAGAAAUGGAAAGAGAAGAAGAAGGUUCCAAGUCCACAACUAGCAAAUUAUCUAAACUCUUUUGGCAUGGUGGUUCUGUCUAUGAUGCUUGGUUUAGUUGUUCUUCUAAUCAGGUUGCACAAGUGCUUUUGACAUUGCCUUAUUCGUUUUCGCAACUAGGCAUGUUAUCUGGAAUUCUAUUUCAGAUUUUUUAUGGACUAAUGGGAAGCUGGACUGCUUACAUUAUCAGUGUUCUAUAUGUUGAAUACAGAACUAGAAAAGAAAGAGAGAAAGUUGAUUUCAGAAACCAUGUUAUUCAGUGGUUUGAAGUUCUUGAUGGACUUUUAGGCAAACAUUGGAGAAAUCUUGGACUAUUUUUCAACUGUACUUUCCUUUUGUUUGGAUCAGUAAUUCAGCUAAUUGCUUGUGCAAGUAACAUAUACUACAUAAAUGACCAUUUGGACAAGAGAACAUGGACCUACAUAUUUGGAGCAUGCUGUGCAACAACAGUUUUCAUCCCCUCUUUCCACAAUUACAGAAUUUGGUCAUUUUUGGGCUUAGUCAUGACCACUUACACUGCAUGGUAUAUGACCAUAGCUUCUUUGGUUCAUGGACAGGCUGUGGAUGUGAAGCACUCUGGUCCAACCAAAUUGGUUCUUUACUUCACUGGAGCUACCAACAUUCUAUAUACUUUUGGUGGACACGCUGUUACAGUGGAAAUUAUGCAUGCAAUGUGGAAGCCACAGAAGUUUAAGAUGAUAUAUCUAAUUGCAACUCUAUAUGUGAUGACAUUAACUUUGCCAUCAGCAGCUGCAGUAUAUUGGGCAUUUGGAGACGAUCUUCUCACUCAUUCCAAUGCUCUCUCCUUGCUCCCGAGGACAGGGUUUAGAGAUUCAGCUGUCGUUCUCAUGCUCAUUCAUCAGUUUAUAACAUUUGGAUUUGCUUGCACACCUUUAUAUUUUGUGUGGGAGAAGUUUGUUGGAGUGCAUGAAACCAAAAGUUUGUUCAAAAGAGCAUUGGUUAGGCUUCCUGUGGUAGUUCCAAUAUGGUUCUUGGCAAUAAUAUUCCCAUUCUUUGGUCCCAUUAACUCUACUGUUGGAUCACUCUUGGUUAGUUUCACAGUUUACAUAAUUCCAGCCUUGGCACACAUGGUCACCUUUGCUUCAGCAUCUGCUAGAGAGAAUGCGGUGGAGAGACCACCAUCGAUUUUAGGAGGAUGGGUAGGAUUGUAUUCAGUGAAUGUGUUUGUGGCUGUAUGGGUUUUGGUGGUUGGAUUUGGAUUAGGAGGAUGGGCAAGUAUGCUUAAUUUUGUACACCAAGUUAAAACAUUUGGACUAUUUGCUAAGUGCUAUCAGUGUCCACCUCACAAGGCCUAA